AGUUACAGUAUGGCGGCUGGGACUUGCGGAGGAGGACAACUUCUUCUAGAUUCCUUCCAGAAAACUGUAGGAAGGCGACGGCUGUAAUUCAUAACCGUCACGGCAAACGACCUGAACUGAGAUACACGACGGCAGCGCAACUUGUGGCUUUUACCGAGGAUUUUUCUGGAAGAUAAUCGGGCUGGUGUGAUGCGUGAGGACCCGCAGUCAAGAAACUCCCCUGAUUUUUCCGCGUCUGUUUCUGCCCUGACUGUCAGUUAGCCGGCUAGCUGCUUGGUAGCUCACCUAACCGCUAGCUCACCACCUUCAUGCUAACGCUCGCUUGCAGGGCUUCGUAGUAGCCAAAAGACGGGCUUGCUUGUUGCUUUUAUUUGCUCCAGGAGACAGGGAUGGCAUUCCGCCUCCAUUCGGUAAGGGUACUGGUUGAGAAGGGUGGGUAGAAAACAUUUGAGGACCAUGAUGAUAAGUUUGUCAGCACUCAUUAGCCUAGCCUAGCCUAGCUUGUUGGUACAACGCCAGAAAACGUUGGCCAAGAGUUAGCGCUUUGCCUGUCCACUAGCGAGCUAGCCAAUUAGCAUUUUAGUUGCACAAGAAGACCUGCUAAUCCCCCGUUCAUCCCGACUGAGUGUUUUGAAGCCUCUGCACCAACUAAUUCAGACGAAGAGGGGGACUGAGCUGCAUUAGGUGGCGAACCUUAAUUGAUUAUAACUCAGGGUGUUUCUGGCGUUCAGUCUUGCUAGGUGUCGUUUGCGUUUUAUAGGUGUUCUCUGGAGGGAGUGGUAACAUUAGGUAGCUAACGUUAGCUAAGGUUCCCUGUAUCAGGGCAACAAUGUCACCCAGAUUAUGACAGGUUACAAAUGACAAAUAAAUUACAGAUGACACAUUACUAAACGCCGAACUUGUGUAAACCGAGUGGCGUGCUGCACAUUGGGGUGUGUGUCCGUUGUUGGCUUUCUGCAGGACAAGACUUAAGCAAAUUAUUGCGCGCUUUCUAGUAGUGUUAACAGCUCUCAAUAGACUUAGAUGGACAGCUUCCUGGAGUAACUCAUUCGAUCAGUAGUCACAAUUAUUGACGCGAGCUGUUGCUAUCUUGGGGGACCAAAGAUCAAGUCUGUGGUAGCCGGCUGGCUUCCCUCGCCUGCUUCAGUGCUGGAGUAGUUUGAUGGACGUGGGAGGCUGUUUGCCAAACUGUCAGAGCUAUACUCAGUCAUGUAUGUCUUGACAAAUGGCACCCUGGUCUGUACAUAGUGCCUGCUGUCAGAUGUAAGUGUCGUUAUGUAGCUUUGGUGGACAGUCAGUGAAGGGAAUGUCUUGUCUUUUUUAUACUUGUUGGUCUGUUUUUUAUUUAAAUUUUUUUGAAACACAGGGGAGUCUUGUUGAAUCGAAGUGGGAAAGCGGUGCAGCCUGGGCUGUGUGCAGUGGACAAUGUUUAUUAGCUAGUGCCUAGAAGCUUGGAGGACUAGCAGUUCUGCCUACAUAUAGGCCACAGAUAUUGUAGUUUAUUCAUUGGGGAUUGCAACAGAAGUCUGCCACUCUGGAUCAAGAAAACCUGUCCCUCGUGUCUGGUUGGAGUAAUACUCUCAAGCCAAAAUCAAUGCCUUCAGCGCUGGCCGUGUUCGCCUGCCGACCCAACUCGCACCCAUUCCAGGAGCGGCAUGUAUACCUGGAUGAGCCGGUCAAGAUCGGCAGGUCGGUGGCUCGUUGUCGCCCGGCCCAGAAUAAUGCCACCUUUGACUGCAAAGUUCUGUCCAGGAAUCAUGCCCUGGUCUGGUUCGACCACAAGACCGGCAAGUUCUACCUGCAGGACACUAAAAGCAGCAACGGGACGUUCAUCAACAGCCAGAGGUUAAGCCGCGGCUCGGAGGAGAGUCCGCCCUGCGAGGUUCUCUCCGGCGACAUCAUUCAGUUUGGCGUCGACGUCACUGAGAACACACGCAAAGUCACUCAUGGCUGCAUCGUGUCAACAGUCAAACUCUUUCUACCUGAUGGCAUGGAGGCACGCCGACGAAGCGAUGUCAUCCAGACUCCGUUACCACUACCUGUAGACAAGGUUGCGGCCAACACUCCCAGUAUGUAUUCUCAGGAACUGUUCCAACUCUCCCAGUAUCUACAGGAGGCCUUACACAGAGAGCAGAUGUUGGAGCAGAAGCUAGCCACUCUGCAGCGUCUGUUAGCCAACACUCAGGAGGCCUCAGAGAGCAGCUGGCAGGCUCUGAUUGAUGAAGACCGUCUGCUCUCCAGACUGGAAGUGAUGGGCAGUCAGCUACAGGCUUACUCUAAGUCCCAGACGGAGGAGGGGAUGCGCAAGGAGCUCUUGGCUCUUCAGGAGGACAAACACAACUAUGAGACAACAGCGAAGGAGUCUCUGAGGAGAGUCCUGCAGGAGAAGAUCGAGGUGGUCAGGAAGCUGUCGGAGGUGGAGCGCUCACUCAGUAACACGGAGGACGAGUGCACCCACCUGAAGGAGAUGUCUGAGAGGGGCCAGGAGGAGCUGAGGGAGCUCGCCAAUAAGUACAAUGCCGCCGUCAAUGAGAUCAAAGAGCUCACUGACAAAAUUAAGGCGGCGGAGGGUCGGCAGGAGGAGCUGACCCAGCGGGGAGCGACAGAGAAGAGGGAGUUGGAGCUGCGGAUCGAGGAGAUGGAGGAGAAGGAGCAGGUUCUCCAGGCUCGCAUCGAAGCUCUGCAGGCUGACAACGACUUCACCAACGAGAGGCUCGCCGCCCUGCAGGUGCGGUUAGAACAGCUACAAGAGAAAAGCAUUAAAGAGAACAACAGUCUGGAUGUCGACAUUGUCUCCCACGGACCAGUAGAGGAGCCUGUCGAGGACAAACAGAGGCUGCAGACAUCUGAGAGCCAGGAGGAAGACGAGGAUGAGGAGGAUACAGACACAGAUGAUGGUGCAGUUGGUGAAGAUGAAGCUAUUCAUGACAACUGUCAUGUUAACAACAGCGGAGGAGACUCGACUAGAAUCCAACAGUUGAUUGAGUGUCCGCCAGUCAAACAGCUGAAGGAGACUGUAAGCUCUUCAAUCCACAAACUGGCCAACUUUGAUGAAGUGAUGGAUGCCCACCUACAGAACAACCAGACAGCAGCAGACGACAUCCUGGCCAGCCCUGAUCGGCUCAAAGGGAAUCAGAUGGAUGCCAAAGAGUCAGACAUGUCAGACACUCUGAGUCCCAGCAAAGACCGCAGCAGUGACGAUACGUCAGACGGCAACAUGGACGAUCAGGAGUUGAAUGAACCACAGAACAGAGUAGCUCUGCUCAAAGCUGAGUUGCAUCGGGCCGGUCUAGAGCCUGGAGACACGGAGCAGGUCAUCCACCAUCUCCACAGAGAGCUUCUGGAGGCCCAGGAAUUAGCCAACACUGGCAAGCAGAGAUGCUUGGAGCUACAAGCUCUGCUGGAGGACGAGAGGAAGAGUAACUCUCAGCAGACUGAAGAGUCGACCAAACAGAUCCAGUACCUGCAGACUCAGCUUGGGAAGCUGCAGGCUGACAUGGAGGCACUAAGGGAGCAGAGGGAGAGCACCAUCUGCACCACCAGAGAGGAGCUUUACUCCGCCCAGGAGGAGAUUCUCGUCUUGCGGCACGCCAUGGAGGCAGCCACGGCGGAGCGGGAGCGUGAGAUCGCCGCCCUGCAGGCUGACCUCGGCAGUGUGCGAUCUGAGCUGGAGCACUGGAGGAACACGGCCGCCAAGUACGAGGAGGAGAUCAGCCGGCUGCAGGAGGCCUUCACACAGCAUCAACAGCAUCAGAACACCGCCACCCAGCUGCAGGCGGAGUGUGUUACGUUGCAGCAGCGGUGUGUGUGUUUGCAGCAGGACUGUGACAGCCUGAGAGAUGAACGGACAGCUCUUACAGACAAACUGCACUGCCUUGAGACUGAGCUGAGCAGCACCAGGGAGCAGAGUCAGGUUCUCAGCAGCAGUCUGGAGUCUCUGGAGAAGAGGGAGGAGGUUCUGCAGGACAAACUAGGUUCUCUGGAGAAUCAACACCUACAGGAUGCAAGCAGGCUGAGGACCCAGCUGGACCAGGCCCAGGCCCACACACACACACUGCAGAGAGAGUAUGAAGAUACACAGUCACAGCUGUUGGACCUCCGUCAGCGCUAUGAGAGAACAGAGAAGGAGAAGCUGAACAUCCACCAGGAGCUGGAGCAGUGCAGGAGCAGCCUGAAGCUGCUGCAGGACAAGACCAGCUCCCCAUCCAUAUUGCAGCCUGUCCAAGCCAUAUUCAUUGGCCUUGUCCUGGCUCUGCUCUACUGGUGUUUCGGCCAGUUGUGGUAGAAAGAGCGGCUGGAGCCCCUGGAUGCCGGUCAUCGCAGUGAUGGUCGCCGUGACGGCAGCCGUCCUCUACCCCAACCUCUCCAAGAGCAGCUCCACCUAGGACACACCCACACCCACACACACAGAGCGCUGUGAGGAGAGCAUCACUGCUUUACUUGUAUAAAGUCUAAUUGUACAUAAUUGUAGAGGGAAUAUAAAGGUUGUGGUUUCUACAGAGGAUUCAGAUGCUUCUUGGUUUAUUUUGUUCUCGUGUGUUUUUUUUCCUGCAGCGGAGAGUUUUGUUGUUUUUUUAAUCCUCGGCUCUCUCUCAGCUGUGGUGGGGGCUUUUUGGUUUUCGUCUCUCUGCUGAUUUCUGGGUAACAAAGCGUUCUCAGACAGGCAGGUCUUCCUCUCAAAAACCCGCCCGAGGUGACGUUCACGCCCGUCCCGUCGUACUCAGACGGGAUGGAGACGAGCGCGACACUUUCCAGCAGCCUCAGUCCACAUUCAUCGCUGUAAACGGGCUGGUCUGUGUUCGCCAGGACGAGCGUCUGCAUGCCUUGUGAUAGAUUUCAUUGGCUAUUGGUUUCUGUUAGCAGGCUGUGUGUUCCUGUGUCUCUGUCAGAGCUGGUUGGAUGGACUAGGCUGCAGUCAGUCUGCGUCACCUUCAGCUCUGAGGCUACUUCUGCAGCAUCUUGACUGAGGAAAGACCUGAAUGCUCAUCUUACCUCGUCUUUCAGUUCUUCAGACCAGCUCUGUGCUGUCAACAGCUUUGAGUCAUCUGUGCUGCUUUCUUAGAGUAACAUAAUCUACUUUUGGAUAUUAGCUGCUGAUAUUUGAUGCUGCUGAACUCUGAAUCUUUAAAUUUGGCCUCCUUCACUGCUCACUUUUAGCCCGGGUCUCAGUAGUGGUCCUGUUUACAUUGAAGAUAGUGCCGGUAUUCAGUAAAUCUGCAUCACAUCAGAUUUCAGCUCUGUAUGUCAGUCAGACAGUAAAGUAAAUCCACAUUAAAACUCUGCGUCAGUAUUUAAUGAAAGUCACCUUCAUGGUAAAUCUACAUCUGGCUGUUCAAGAUCAAAUUAAGCACAAACAGCGACAGGGUGCCUCAGUCCUGUCGUCAUCUGGGUCUGUUGGAAAGUGUUCCCAUACCGGCGGUUUCAGGAAGUCCUGCUCUGUUCUGGUUUUAGUCGGCCAUGUUGGAUGUUCAGCAUGGUGUUUUCUCUGUUUUGUUUUUUUCUUUUAGGGGGAGUUUGGGUCGGGGUUGAAAGUUGAAGCCAAAUUAUUGAAAUAAAAAUCAGGUUUUAUUUUAGGUUUUUUCGCGGCACAGAAAAAGGGGGUCAAAGUGCCUCUGAUGUAAUUUACUAACACCACAGUUUCUGUAUGUGUGAGGGCAAACACGCACACAACCACACACACACACACACACACACUUCUAUGAUAAACACACACUUUCUCUGACAAACACAAACACACACACACAUUCUGUUUAUUUGCCUCUCAGAGGUCUGUCAGUGUCAACAGUGUGGAGAGAAGCUGAAUGUUGGCCAUCUAUAAUGUCUCUGUAGCUUUUAACAGAGCUUUCAGCUGCUGCUCCUGGCCUUCUUCAUUCAGGGGAGUUAGCUCAGUUGUCAUAGAGCUGGUUCAGCUAUAAGGACGACUGAGCUAACUGUUCUGUUCGCGUCAUUAUGACAGAGAAGCCCAUAUUGCUCUGAAAGCUCCAAUUUGUUCAAGUUGAUGUUCAGUAAAAAUUUCACAUUAAAGAUCACAGAAAUCUUUUUCCAUCCCGAAAUGCAACUUCCUUUUGAGCCUCGCAGAGCUGCUAGCGUGAGAUGAAAGAUUCUUCUUCUCUCCAGACUAACUGCUCACACUUCAGGCCUCUGCUGAAAUGUUUUUAGCAGACAUUAAGUUAUUUCUAGCUGUGUGUGUGUAUGUGUGUGUUGGUGAGCAGGAGGAGUGUGUGUCGGUUCACACUCUGGACUCUUGUGCAGCGUUUGUCAUCGUUCGUGUACUCUGUCUUGUCUCCGUGUUUAAAAAUUGAAUCCAUACGAACAAAUAUUCCUGAUGUUUAAAGAGAAAAACACUACAGUACAGAGAGAGAAUUGUAAAAUAAAAUGUUAUUGAAUGAUGUGCUACUAGACUUAUUUUGUUAAAAUUGUUUAGAGAUAUGAGAGGGAGCUAUGUAGAGGAUACAGUAUGAUGAUGUAUUGAAUAUGCAGAGAAAUGUUUGGAUUAAAGUUGUAGCAAGCUGA